AUGCCGGACGCUGAACGAAUCAAGGAGUUGAGAGAUCUGGCAUUCGACACAUGUCAAAAGGCAAUAAUGGCGGCCGUCGAUGUUUGUUGCCCUAGGCUAAGGAUUACAACUAGGUCUGAGCUCGGAAAAAGCAUAAAGACUGCCCUGAGGGAGUUGAGGACAGACCUGUUUGUGCCUAAGAACCGCGAAAUCAGCGGCCUGACUCUAGGUGAAGUCUAUGAAGCCUUUGAGCUUAAGCACAGCGAGAUGCCUUUGGUUAUCGCAUCACUUCGUGCAUACCGCACCGACUAUCGCGAUGACAUCCCCAAAUCCAUAUGGGAGGAGAACGAGGAGUUCAACGAAACAUUCGGACCCGUUCUGGCCAAAAACGAGGCCGUGUCGAGAUCGUGGUUCGACAUUCUCUACAGAAAGGCUCUCCACGCGGCAAACCAAGAAGGUAUACACGGCCAGCGGCCUUUGCCUGACAGCAUGGAUGUUUUGAUGGCCCUUGGUGGACGAAUUACUUCUCUUAGUGGCCGUGCCGAUUACACGGUCUGGUACGAAGAAACCACGGACCAGAUGUCCACCAACUUGGCCUGCAUCGAGAUGAAGAAACGUGGGGACGCUAAAAAGGCUAUUCCCCAGUGUCUUGGCUACAUGGGCGUUGUUCACAGGCGCAGGGUCAAUUUGAAAAAGUCAAACACCGACGUGUAUGGCAUCGCGACGGACGGGAGAGUGUUCUACUUCCUGGGCAUUGAAAAAGGAUAUGUCCGCAUAUCUGAGCCGCUGACCUGGGAUAUGCAUAACCCAGCCGAAGCUGGUGUGAUUUGGCGUGGCCUACGGGCCAUCGUUCGACAGGCAACCGCCCUUUCACCUCUGAACAGCCGCAAUCCAACAGAUGAAACUUGA